AUGGGGUGGGUGGUGCUCAGCGAGUUGGCUUUGGCCCUGGCCUUGACCCUGGCCCUGCCCUCCGUGGCCCUGGACAAUGGGCUGGCGCUCACCCCCCCCAUGGGCUGGAUGUCCUGGGAGAGGUUCCGCUGCAACGUGAACUGCCAGCAGGACCCCCACAACUGCAUCAGUGAGAAGCUCUUCUUUGAGAUGGCAGACCGCCUGGCAGCGGAUGGCUGGAGGGACCUGGGCUACAAGUACAUCAACAUUGACGACUGCUGGUCUGCCAAGCACCGGGAUGCAGCAGGACGGCUGGUGUCUGACCCCGAGAGGUUUCCCAGCGGGAUCAAGGCUCUGGCUGAUUAUGUUCAUGCGCGGGGCCUGAAGCUGGGCAUUUAUGGUGACCUGGGCACCCUCACCUGUGGGGGAUACCCAGGCACCACACUGGAGCACGUGAAGCUGGAUGCCCAGACCUUUGCGGAGUGGGGUGUGGACAUGCUGAAGCUGGAUGGGUGUUACUCGUCAGCAGAGGAGCAGGCAGAGGGCUACCCAGAAAUGGCAAAGGCCUUGAAUGCUACAGGCCGCCCCAUCAUCUACUCGUGCAGCUGGCCAGCAUAUCAGGGGGGGCUUCCACCCAAGGUCAACUACACCAUCCUGGCAGAGAUCUGCAAUCUCUGGCGUAACUACGAUGACAUCGAGGACUCCUGGGACAGUGUACUUUCCAUCCUGGACUGGUUCUUUGCAAACCAGGAUGUGCUGCAGCCAGUAGCUGGACCUGGCCACUGGAAUGACCCAGACAUGCUCAUCAUUGGAAACUUUGGCCUUAGCUAUGAGCAGUCUCGCUCCCAAAUGGCCUUGUGGACAAUGAUGGCAGCCCCACUUCUGAUGUCCAACGAUCUCCGCACCAUCUCCCCAAGCGCCAAGGAGAUCCUGCAGAACCGUCUGAUGAUCCGGAUCAACCAGGAUCCUCUGGGAGUCCAAGGGCGCAGGAUUGUCAAGGAGAAAUCACACAUCGAGGUGUUCCUGCGCCCACUGUCCCAGGCUGCCAGUGCCCUUGUCUUCUUCAGCAGGAGGACAGAUAUGCCUUACUUCUACACCACCAGCCUGGCCAAGCUCCAGUUCCCUGAGGAUGCCAUGUAUGAGGUACAAGAUGUGUACAGCGGGAAGAUCAUCAGUGGCUUAAAGACAGGAGACAAUUUCACGGUCGUCAUUAACCCCUCGGGGGUGGUGAUGUGGUACCUCUAUCCCACGGCACAUCCUGCACAGCCCUGGCCCUGGCAAGCCCCCAGCAAGGACUUCAGCCCAGUCCUCUUGUGAUGGGCACAUGGCUCAGUGUCUG